CCGGGAGGCCUGGCGCUCCCAGCCGCGGAGUCGCCGCUCCCGCCCCUUCUCCGGCCUCGGCGGCGCCCGGCCGCGGCUUCCUCCUUUCCUACCCAGCUUCCCGCGGGCCUUCUGGCCGCGGCGGCGAGAAGCACCGAGGGGCUCCGAGAGGCUCUGGCCGGCCGCCACGGUCCACGCGCCCGGCCCGGGCUCCAUGUGAAGGAAGGACGGGCCUGGUCCCCCGAUCCGCGCCCGACUCCUCGUGCGCCCCUCCGGCUCCCGGGGGCCCGCAGCCUCCCCCGACCGGGGGGCGCGGUGACAGGCCGCGCGUGGGCGGAGGGGUGGGCCUGCGGCUCCCUAUGUCCCGGCGGAGCGGCCGGCAAUAGAGAAUGCUGAUGAGAGAACCAUUUCCCUAAUUUUCAAAUAGUCAAGCUGGUUGCCAUGAUGGAUGAUCAGCAAGCUUUGAAGUCAAUCAUGCAAGAUUUGGCUGUUCUUCAUAAGGCCAGUCGACCAGCAUUAUCCUUACAGGAAACCAGAAAAGCAAAAUCCUUAUCACCAAAAAAGCAGAAUGAUGUCCGAGUCAAAUUUGAACACAGAGGAGAAAAAAGAAUCCUUCAGUUUCCCAGACCAGUUAAACUGGAAGAUCUGAGGUCUAAAGCUAAAAUUGCCUUUGGACAGUCUAUGGACCUACAUUAUACCAAUAAUGAGUUGGUGAUUCCAUUAACCACCCAAGAUGACUUGGACAAAGCUGUGGAACUGCUGGAUCGUAGUAUUCAUAUGAAGAGCCUCAAAAUAUUACUUGUAAUAAAUGGAAGUACACAGGCUACUAAUUUAGAGCCAUUGCCAUCACUAGAAGAUUUGGAUAACACAGUAUUUGGAGCAGAGAGGAAAAAAAGACUUUCUAUAGUAGGUCCCACUAGUAGAGAUAGAAGCUCCCCUCCCCCUGGAUACAUUCCAGAUGAAUUACACCAGGUUGCCCGGAAUGGGUCAUUUACCAGUAUCAACAGUGAAGGAGAGUUCAUUCCAGAGAGCAUGGACCAAAUGCUGGACCCAUUAUCUUUAAGCAGCCCUGAAAAUUCUGGCUCAGGAAGUUGUCCAUCACUUGAUAGCCCUCUGGAUGGAGAGAGCUAUCCAAAAUCACGAAUGCCUAGGGCCCAGAGCUACCCAGAUAAUCAUCAGGAAUUUUCAGACUAUGAUAACCCUAUCUUUGAGAAAUUUGGAAAAGGAGGAACAUAUCCAAGAAGGUAUCAUGUUUCAUAUCAUCAUCAAGACUAUAAUGAUGGUCGUAAAACUUUUCCAAGAGCUAGAAGGACCCAGGGGACCAGCUUCCGGUCUCCUGUGAGUUUCAGUCCUACAGACCACUCCUUAAGCACUAGUAGUGGAAGCAGUAUCUUUACCCCAGAGUAUGAUGAGAGUCGAAUAAGAAGAAGGGGAAGUGACAUAGACAAUCCUACUUUGACUGUAAUGGACAUCAGCCCACCCAGCCGCUCACCUCGUGCUCCAACCAACUGGAGAUUGGGCAAGCUGCUUGGCCAGGGAGCCUUUGGCAGGGUCUACCUCUGUUAUGAUGUUGAUACAGGAAGAGAAUUGGCUGUUAAGCAAGUUCAGUUUGACCCAGAUAGCCCUGAGACCAGCAAGGAAGUAAAUGCACUUGAGUGUGAAAUUCAGUUGUUGAAAAACUUGCUGCAUGAGCGAAUUGUUCAGUAUUAUGGCUGUUUGAGGGAUCCCCAAGAAAAAACACUUUCCAUAUUUAUGGAAUAUAUGCCAGGGGGUUCAAUUAAGGACCAACUAAAAGCAUAUGGAGCUCUUACUGAGAAUGUGACUAGGAAAUACACCCGUCAGAUUCUGGAGGGAGUCCAUUAUUUGCACAGUAAUAUGAUUGUUCAUAGAGAUAUAAAAGGCGCAAAUAUUCUGCGAGAUUCAACAGGCAACGUCAAACUAGGAGAUUUUGGGGCCAGCAAACGGCUUCAAACCAUCUGUCUUUCGGGGACAGGAAUGAAGUCUGUCACAGGCACACCAUACUGGAUGAGCCCUGAAGUGAUUAGUGGAGAAGGCUAUGGCAGAAAAGCAGAUAUCUGGAGCGUGGGCUGUACUGUGGUGGAAAUGCUAACGGAAAAGCCUCCUUGGGCAGAAUUUGAAGCAAUGGCUGCCAUCUUUAAAAUCGCCACUCAGCCGACGAACCCUAAGCUGCCACCCCAUGUCUCAGACCAUACUCGAGAUUUCCUCAAACGGAUCUUUGUAGAGGCCAAACUGAGACCUUCUGCUGAUGAACUUUUAAGGCACAUGUUUGUGCACUAUCACUAGCAGCCAGUAACCUCUCCUGUGCCUCUACCCAGCUCCCAUCUAUUCAUUCACCUUCUCUCUGACUGCACUUUUCUUUUUUAUAAAAAAGAGAGAUGGGGGAGAAAACAAAGACAAGAGGGAAAGUGUUUCUCUUGAUUCUUGGUUAAAUUUGAUUAAUAAUAAUAGUAUCCUGAAGUUUUUAUAUUUAAUCUUUUUUUCCCUUACAAGAACUUGAAACUUUUUUUUUAAAAUUUUUAUAAUGUACUGAUGUGGUUCAGAGACAUAAAGCACUUUAGUACAUAGUCACUCUUUUUAGUACAAAAAGAUCAUUUGGAAUACCUAAAGAUUGUAGAGUCUUUCCCUGUGUCACUGACAGAUUGGCAGUGAUGGGGAGACAUGGAAAACAAGGAGAAGAAAAUGAUGUAUAAUUUGUAGUUUUUAGUGAUGGUAUUUAAAAUAGAUUCUUGUUUGUGGGGUUGAGCCCUAAACUUGAGUUUAGGAUAGGUACUCAGCUUAAAGAAUAUAGGUUCCUUCCUGUAUCUGUAUUCUUUAGAUCCUAACCUCUGUCUACCAAGCUUUUUGCUCAGUAGGACUCUUGAUAGCAAAUAUGAAUCUCUAGGAGGUAUGUUUGUUUGUUAAUCCUAACCAGUAUAAUAAGCAAAUACACUAUAAUAGAUCCAUGUUACUGGAAUCUAUAAACCUUGAGGGAUAGCUUUCUGCUUAAAAAAAGAAAAGAUAUUGUUUUAUUUUAAAACAGAUAUGGGAAGUCAAUAAGCAAAUCCAAAUUAAAAGACAAAAGGAGAUUGCUCUAAUUAAAUGUGUAAGCAAUAGAAGAGACCACAUUUGCCGGUCAACAGAAAUAAUGAAAAGAAGAACUAAGUGUUGUUUAGUGUAUUUUAAACUGUGUUCUUUACCCGAGGGGGAAAGUCCCAAAAAUCAAGGGGAAGGAGAAAUAAUCAAAAUCAUGUAUACUAUAUCUUCCUGUUUCUAGCUCCUGAUUCCCCAUAGAUAACAUUGUUUAGGAACUAAGAGUUUAACCUGCAGUAUCCAUGUGUUAAAAGCUAGUGUCAUGAUAUGAAACCCUUGUUCUUGUUCUUUGGAUCACAGACUACUAAAGCACCUCAAAAAACAGUUAGCAUGUAAAACAGUGGUUUUCACAGCUGGGGUGAGGAUAGUUUUGCUUGGCAUUUGGCAAUGACUGGAAACAUUUUUGGUUGUCACAACCAGGAGGAUGCUAGAGGCAUCUGUGGUUAGAGGCCAGGGAUGCUGCUAAACAAACUAAAGUAUACAAGAACAGCACGUCCAGCCCCCCAACAAAGAAUUAUCCUGCCCCAAAUGUUAAAAGUGCCGAAGUUGAGAAACCCUGAUGUACAUACCAGCCCCAGUUAUAAAUGAAAAUGGCCAUUUACAAAGCAGGUUCCUUGCAAAAAGUAAGUUUCAGAGAGUGAUGUAAUGCAUAAUGAGGGUUUUACAAGAGAAGAUACCACUACUUCAAGUUGAGGGUGAAAGGUCUCAACAAACAGCCAGUCACAAUCCUUUCCCUUCCAGCUGCAUAUUGCACCCAAAUCAGUAACUUCCAUUUUAGACACAAAAUGAACUUAAACACGGAGCCUGUUGAACUCAGUCAUCUGUGUGUAUUCUUUCCUCAAAAGUCAAUUCAUAAUUGUGGGAAAAGAAAGUCAUAUUAAAACAAAGUAUUAGCUACUUUAUAGGAAGGUUAAAAACUGCCAGGUAUUUCUAAUAUAAGAGCAACUACAUUAAGCGGAACGAGACAGCUGGGAAACUCCCACUAUCUCUAAUGGACUUGUGCUACUGAAAAACAUGAAUGAUAUCGGUAAUUUGGCCACUUGCAAUUUUUUUCAACGUAUUAAAGCAAAUGCUAAGUACUUUAUUUUUAAAGGUCUAGAAAAUAGUAUUCUUGGAGGCCCUAACUGUGAUGCCUUUCAUGGGAUUCAUAAGGGACUCAGGUAUUUUGUUUUCUGCUAAAAGGUAUGCUCGUUUAGGAACUCUUUUAAAAUACUUUGUUUCUGAAGUUAAGUAGAUCUUGUUUUACUGUAUCAAGGUCCUAUCUGGCAUUCCCUGUAAGAAUAUUUGAAAUUCCAUUAGCUAGUCUGAGAAGAAGUCAAAGCACAAAUAUAGUUGUUAAAGCUUCUCACAUACCCUUAUAAUGAAAGGAAGCAGCUUGCAGGGAAGAACAUGAAUUACUGGCCUCCUCCCCCUGGGAAAUCAACUGCCAAAUCUUGUGCUAUAAACAUAGUCCCCAAGGAUGUGGAUCUAUUAUAAUUUCUUUAUCUUUUAUGAGUGAAGGCAUCUCUUCUACUUGAGCAGGAUCAUGGUAUCUGGACCAGUGGGCUUUUCCUUUGUUUCUUUGUAUUGUGUGGUUGUGAUUUCCUUUUGGCUCAUUUUUGGUCUGUCAGGGUAAUCAGCAGUGCAGAAUAUGAGACAGGUGUUCUUUAAAGAGAAAUCUUGGGAGACUGUGAAACCCAAAGCAAAAUUGUUUGCUUUAUUUUCAGUCUCUUUUUCUUUUUGAAAUGCUACAGAAAAUAAAAUCACCUGAAAAGAAACUACUACUUUAACACUGCUGCACAAGACCUUUGUUUUAUAAGAAAAAUAUUACUAGCUAUGGAAAAGUAUUGUUCUUUAUGUAAAGACUUAAGAGUAGACUAAUAGUUUACAGAGUUAUAUAAAAAUGUGAUGUGAAUUUAUUUCAGACAAGUUGUAAAGGUACCAAAAACCACAGUAAAAGUUAAUAUAUAUAAAAACUACUAGAACAAAAAAGCUUAAAGUGGGGUGAGGUAUGAAAGACCAAAAUUAAAUUUAAAAAAGAAAAUUUUCAAAGGAACCACCUCUAUCAGGGGCAGUUAAAAUAACACUCCAAUUUUUUCUUUCUAAUAAUUGUGUGGAUCAACAAAUGAAAUUUGAACUUUUUAAGAUGACUCUAAAUGUAUUUUGUUUUUUAAAUGCACAACUGAUUCUUCUAUACUGUAAUGUUUCUUUGCUGAGGCUGGAAAAUGACCAGACUGCUAACUUUGUGCCUUUAAAAUGCAUUCUGCUUUGAUAGUGGCAGACUUUUUGGUGCUGGAGAAGAUUCACUAGCAGUCUUAUAUGUGCUUUUCAGGAAAUAUCUUUCUACUUAGGCCUUGAGAGAUUCAAAAUGGCAUGAUUUAGGCUUGGACCAAAUAUAAGAUCUUUUACAUUGCAAACAAAGUGUAUUGAAUAAAAGGGUUGAGAAAUAUCAUAAUGACUAAUGGAAGUUUUGAUGAUAAUUCUUUAAAAUGUAUUUAAAAAUAUACAGACUUUGAAAUUUUCA